UGCUGCGGGAUAGACUGGUAUGUGGAAUAAAUGAUGACCGUAUUCAACGUAGACUGCUGGCAGAAUCAGAGUUAACAUUUGAGAAGGCGUUGAAAAUAGCUCAAGCAUUGGAAACAGCCAAUAAAGAUGUAAAGGAUUUGCAAGCUCAAAGUUCAGAAACAUCUGUUUCAAUGAGAGUGCAUAAAAUGUCAGUAAAACAAGAUAGUCAAGGUAGAGCAUGUUACAGAUGUGGGAAUUUGCAACAUUUAGCCAAUGAGUGUAGAUUUAUUUCAGAGAAAUGUCACAAAUGUGGGAAACAAGGACAUAUAAUGAAAGUAUGUAGAUCAAAAAGUUCCAUCAGAGAAACAACCUUUCAAGGGGGAGAAAGACGCAAGCAAGUUGCGGCCAGAGGCGGACAGAGAUCACAUUAUGUCAGCAGAGAUGAAAAAAGUGAAUCUGAUGAAGAAGGUAUUUUUACAGUGUACAGUUUGAAGGAGACAGAGAUUCCUAAGGUUGCUCCUCUGACUAUCACAUUGGCUGUAAAUGAUUCAAACAUACCUUUUGAAGUGGAUACAGGCUGUGGUGUGACUGUAAUGAAUGGGUCAAAUUUUUCCAAAUUGUGGGAAGAACAUAAAAAUCCAGAAUUAAAGACCUGUUCUUUGAAGUUAAAAACUUAUACUGGCCAAGCCUUACCAGUGUUGGGUUCUGCGCAAGUGGUUGUCAGACACAAGGGAACAGUGAAGGAAUUGCCAGUAGUGGUAGUGCCUGGAACAGGACCUAAUUUAUUGGGCAGAGGGUGGAUCAAGGAACUGGGCAUGAAAUGGGAGGCCAUACACAAGAUUCAAGGGGUUGAAAAUUUAACCUUGCCUGACUUACUCAGUAAACAUGCAGAAUUGUUCAAAGAGGAGUUGGGUGAAUUGAAAGGUCCACCAGCAAAGAUUUAUGUCGACAAAGAAGCCAUUCCCAGAUUUUUCAAAGCCAGACCAGUCCCUUAUGCAAUGAAAGCGAAGGUAGAAGUUGAAAUAGAGCGCCUGUUAAGAGAAAACAUCAUAGAACCUGUUAAACAUUCUGAAUGGGCUGCACCUGUAGUGCCAGUUUUAAAGCCUGAUAAUACAGUACGACUGUGUGGUGAUUACAAGCUAACAGUAAAUCGAGUUUCAAAGUUGGAACAGUACCCCAUUCCUCGAUUAGAUGAUCUGUUUGCAACAUUGUCAGGAGGGCAGAAGUUCACCAACCUGGAUAUGAGUCAUGCUUACCAUCAGAUUGCAUUAGAUGCAGAGUCUAAGAAAUAUGUCACAGUGAAUACCCAUAAGGGGCUGUUUACUUACCGUGUGUUACCCUUUGGAGUUUCUUCUAGUCCUGCUAUCUUCCAAAGGACCAUUGAGGGAGUACUGCAAGGUCUUCCUUAUGUGGCAGUUUUCCUGGAUGACAUCUUGGUGACCGGUCGCAAUGAUGGCGAGCAUCUCCAAAUGCUGGCCAGGGUAUUGGAAAGGUUGCAGGAAGCAGGACUGCGUUUGAAACGGAGUAAAUGUACUUUCAUGGAAAAAGAGGUAAUGUUCUUGGGUCAUAAAGUCGAUGAGACUGGCCUACACCCAGUACCCGAAAAAGUGAAUGCUAUUCAAAAUGCUCCCUCGCCAAAGACUGUGACUGAGUUGAAGGCCUAUUUGGGACUGUUAAACUACUAUAACAAAUUUUUGCCCAACUUGUCUACUGUUUUAGCCCCAGUGCACAAGAUGCUGCGGAAGGAUGCAAAAUGGCACUGGGGUGGAGAACAAGAAGCUGCCUUUGUUCAGUCUAAAAAAAUGCUCCAAUCAGUAAAGGUUCUGGUCCAUUAUGACCCCCAGAAGGAUGUGAUUUUAUCAUGUGAUGCUUCUCCUUAUGGCUUAGGUGCAGUUCUUUCUCAUAAGAUGCCAGAUGGCAGUGAAAGACCCAUUGGAUUUAUGUCACGGACAUUGAAUCAAGCUGAGCGGAAUUAUUCGCAGUUGGACAAGGAAGGAUUGGCUGUAAUGUUUGGCUUACAACGCUUCCAUAAGUAUUUGUAUGGUCGGAAGUUUACCAUCGUUACAGAUCAUAAACCCUUGUUGUCUUUGUUUAACGAGUUAAAAUCUGUUCCCCAAAUGUCAUCUCCUAGGAUCCAGCGAUGGGCUGUGACAUUAAGAGCAUAUGAAUACAACAUUAUCUACAAACCUGGCAAGGAUCAGGCAAAUGCAGAUGCUCUAAGUCGGUUACCCUUGCCAACUGAAUCUGUCCCUGAGCAGGAGGAAAGAGUACUAAUGCUGGAGAAUGCAGACAUAACCUUGAUUACAGCAGAACAGGUGAGAAGUUGGACACAAACAGAUCCGGUAUUAUCCAGAGUGAGAGAAAUGGUGCAACGAGGAUUGCUGCAGGAAUUAAUAGGAGCAGAGUUUGACCCAUUCACAUCAAGAAAAGAUGAAUUAAGUGUACAGGAUGGUUGUGUGCUUUGGGGGGCUCGCGUAAUCAUUCCCAGUGCGGGUAGAUCAGAAGUCCUGAACCAGCUGCAUCAGUGUCACCCCGGAGUGUCUAGGAUGAAAGCUUUAGCCCGAAGUUAUGUGUGGUGGCCCAAGAUGGACCAGGAUGUGGAAAGGUUAGUUAAAACCUGUCGAAUCUGUCAAGAACAUAGAAACGUUCCUGCUGUAGCUCCACUUCAUCCUUGGAAUUGGCCAGAAAAACCAUGGCAAAGAUUGCAUGUGGAUUAUGCAGGACCCUUCAUGGGAAAAAUGUUCUUGAUCUUGAUUGAUGCACAUUCAAAAUGGAUAGAUGGGUAUCCUGUGAACUCCGCUACAUCUGCUGCAACCAUUGAAUGUUUGCGUACUAGCUUCAGUAACCAUGGACUACCUGAACUAAUUGUAUCAGAUAAUGCUACUUGCUUUGUGAGUGCUGAAUUCAAAGAGUUCCUGAAAAAAAAUGGAGUACGACAUGUUACUUCUGCACCCUAUCAUGCUUCCAGUAAUGGGUUAGUAGAACGGGCUGUACAAAUUGUUAAAGGCAUGUUAAAAAAAUGUGCUGAAGGAACAAUGGCAACUAAAUUGGCUCGAGUGUUAUUCAGUUACAGGAUUACUCCUCAGACUACCACAGGACUUUCUCCAGCUGAACUGUUGCAUGGACGGAAAUUGCGAUGUUCUUUGGACUUUAUACAUCCCGAUUUAACUGGGAAGAUUCAGGAACAACAACAAAAGCAAAGAGUCCAUCAUGACAAAAAGACCCAUGCACGUAGCUUGGGUGUUGGAGAUCCAGUACUUGUUCGGAAUUUUACUUAUGGACCGAAAUGGAUUCCGGGGCAUAUUGAGACGGUGACUGGACCACUUUCUUAUAAAGUGAUGUUGGGUGAUGGGAGAGUGGUCCGAAGACAUGUGGAUCAAAUUCAUGCCGGACAGAAAUUGCUUGUGAACCUUUCAGAGGAGGUUAUGGACCAUAAAUAUCCUGAUUUGGACUUUUCUGAUAACUCAGCUCCUGUAGUGGCUAAAGAGACUGAUGAAAAAGAAACUGAGGACAUUUCUAGUGAGACUAAUCCCCUUGAAGUAAUUGGGGAGUCUGCUCAACCUGGUGAGAUAACCACUGAAUUACUGACACAAUCCUGUAGCCCUGUUGUGAGACGGUCACAGAGAACCAGGAAAGUGCCUGGUCAUUUAAAAGAUUAUGAACUGAAGUAAAAAAAAAAAAAAAAAAAAAA